AUGUCUGCUACUGUUGAGAGAGAGAGUGGGAUGCUAGAUGUGGGCACACAUUGUGCCUUUUGUCGACAACUUGACUUUCUACCGUUCCAUUGCACGUAUUGUAAUAGUGAUUUCUGCUCAAGUCAUCGAUCCAAAGAGUCACAUCAUUGUAAAUGGCUGAUUGAAACAGAUAAGAAGAACGCACCCACUGUGGCAAAGACUAAGGAUAAUAAUGGCAAAUACUUCAAGAGUUUGAUGCCGGAGAAAGGGUACAUUAGAGUUCAACAGGACAAGAAAGAGAGUGCGAAACCUCCAAGGAUACGUUCUAAUGGUAAUCGAAGUGCGCUUGAUAAGUUAACCAGGUUCUUCAAAAGGAAAGAGGCUUCGAGGAAGACAAGCAAGUCCAAACCUAAUGCAAUGAUUCAACUUACCAAAUUGAAGAGAUCAGCGCAAGGUGACGAUAAGAUUCCAAUGGCUAACAGACUUUAUGUGUACUGCUAUGCGAUUGAUGACGAUCAGGAUGAGUCUAAAGAGCACGAAAUUUACAUUAACAAGAUACGGCCUGUUGGUGGAGCGCUAGAUUCUAUAGCGAAGCAAUUGAACGUUUCAAAUCGAAACAGCGACUUUAAUGCAACUUCAAAGGAGAAACUAUUCCUCUAUAAGAAGGAUAGCAAAUCAGGAGAACUCAUAUGUCUUGACCCAUCAGAUCGUGUAGUCACCGAGAUCAAAGAUUUGGACACUCUUUACUUGGUUCGCGGUGAUGACAAGAUAUAA